AUGGCACCAUACGAAGCCUUGUAUGGCAGAAGGUGCCGCACGCCAUUAUAUUGGGACGAAGUCGGAGAACAGAAGUAUCUAGGUCCCGAGUUGUUACAAGAAACUUGUGAGAAGGUGGACAUGAUCAGAGAAAAGACCAGAGCAGCUCAGUCUAGACAAAAGAGCUAUGCCAACAAUGGAAGGAAGGACACCGAGUUUGGGGUUGGCGAGAAGGUAUUCCACCGAGUUUCUCCAGCAAAAGGCCUGAUGCGGUUCAAUAAGAAGGGGAAACUAAGCCCAAGGUACAUUGGAGCAUAUGAAAUUUUGAAGAGAAUUGGACCGAUAGCAUACAGAUUGGCCCUAUCGCCAUCUUUGGAGGGCGUCGACAAUGUAUUCCAUGUGGCGAUGUUAAAGAAAUACAUCAACAACCCGACGCAUGUGCUCUCCACAGAACUGGAGCAGCUUGAUGUCGAUAUAAUUUAUGAGGAACAACCAAGAGAGAUAUUGGAUAGAAAGGAACAUAAACUUUGCUACCGCAUAGUUGCGUUUGUUAAAGUUCGAUGA